GUCGCCAAACUGUUAGAGGAAAAUUCCACUAAUAUCUGAAAGUUUAUACUAUGAGAGUUGGUAUAAUCUGUACUCUGUGCCCAUGGAUAACCGAUCUGCAGCUGAGCUCCGUGCAACUCAGAUAAUACCACUUUGCAGUGCACAUUGAGAGCAGUUCAGUGAAAUGGAGGUUAUGUAUGUUUGAGUGGUGAUACUGUAAAUAAAAUGUUUCGUUCUUGUGUUCUUAGAUCCAGAGCAUUUUUAAACAGGUUUCUAUUUGGUGUUCACAGUCAGUCCAGAAAUGUAACAUAUUUAUCUGGAUAUAGGCAUAUAUCGCUUGUAGGACAAAAUCUUUUCCAAGAACAACUGUGGAAUCUUAAUUCUGUGGCUUCCACCUUCUCGUAUACGUAUUGUACAGACACAAGAGUAACGUGUAAAACAUCAGACACUUCAGUUCAAAAAUCAUCAGUCACCUCGUCACGAAAUCGCAAAAGUGAUACUGGGCCUGUAAUUACACUAAUAGGAAUAGAUAAUAACCCCACAGUUCUGUCACUUUCUGAGGCUGAAAAAAUAGCAAAACGACGUGAUUUAAAGCUCGUGAAGAUAGCUGACUUAGAAACUAAAACACAGAGACCUGUAUAUCAGUUAAUGACAGGAACCCAGUAUUAUAAGGAGGACAGAAAACUGCAACAAGAUGCUGCUGCUAAGAAGAAAAGUGGAUUUAAAGGGGAGAAACUGUUAACUCUGUCCCAUAGAAUUACUCCACAUGACCUUUCUUCAAAAUUGAAGAAUAUUAGCAAAUGGCUUUCAAAAACUUAUGGAGUUAGAAUUGUCAUAAGUGGGGAUAGUGAGAACAUGAAAAGUGCUGAAGAAGUGUAUGAUACAAUAGCAGAAAGUAUGAAGAUGGAAGGGAGAGUUGUCCAAAAACAACAAAAAGGAAGUGACAUACGAUUUCAGAUCUUGCCACCGAAGAAAGAAACAAAGAAUCCUGAGGAGUCUGAUGCUGUGCAAGAGAAAACAAGUAGUAUAUAAGUACAGUUUGAUUUGUGCCUUUGUGUAUGUGGUGUGUGCACAGUACCAUGCCUUUUUUCUCAUGUUAACUGAGUGACAGCAUUUGGGUGGUAACCUUGUUCAAAUCUCACUGGAACCAAGCAUCAUCAGUUCCUUCAGGCACAUUUUUAAAAAUACAGUGAAAUCAGGGGACAGCUUCAGUACCUGCUUUAAAAGUGUAUGAUGUAAAACAUGUGUAAUUGUAUUGGGGGACAUGAUCAAAGCCAUGGUAUAUCCAAAUCUGUGGUAUUAUCAGGGCAUAUUAUGUCAAGGAUCCACUGUAGGAGCUUUAAGUAGGCUGUAGCAGAUUUUUCCUCUACCCUCUGUGUCCAGACUGGCUCUGGGGCCCACCCAGCCUUCUAAUCAGUGGGUACCAGGGUCGUUUCCUGGGGGUUAAUGUGUGGCCAGGGCAUGAUGCUGACCACUCACCCCUAUCUGUAGAUGGUUUGUCUAAAAAUGACUGGCAAAACCAAACAGCUGGUGUUUUCAUUUUUGCAUCAUGGCUUUUUAUUGUGGGUUGGUAUUUGGAGACAGUGUAGUCUCUAUCCUCAGGGCAGAGUGACUGACAGUUGACACAGAUUUAUUUAAAAUACAGUGCCACAAAAUUGUAACAAAGGUAAGAUAUUAUGCCAUAGUGAAUUGUCAACUACUUUAUAUUUGUAUUGGUCGUUGUACAAACUGCGAAAACUGAAUGUGUGAUCAGAGAGUAACUUAUUUCUCUCCACCUUAUUGAUCUCCAGUACUUCUCACUAGGUCUCACUGGAACAUGAUAUUGCAGUGCUACACAGAACUUUGCAUUAGUUUAAUUUUGGUUUAUAUUGGUUCACUAUAACCUGUAUGUAUGUUACGUGUAUAUUAAACCAAAACGUUAUGUAUUAUGAUUUGUCUCAUGAAUCUUACUUUUAAUGUAGUACCAUAUGCUUUCUGUGGUGUUAUGUUUUAAGAACAGUACAAGAAAUUGGUACAUAAUGUUUAAUUAAAAGAUAUUUUGAUCCA